AUGCCGGGGACCAUGAGCAAAGACGAUGCUCCAUGUUUAAGGUUCACUAUUGAUAAUAUCCUGAACUUGAAGCAGCGGGACAGCGAAGGGUUGCAGGACGGAUGUAAUACUAGAGCUAACCAGGAGGUGUGGAGGAGAAAGGACGACGGCAGGUCCAAAGAAACAGUGAAACCCAGAGUUCACGGAGAGAAAGCCACCCCCACGGAAGUCUCCUUUCCCGUGCUUCAAGGUGUCCACGCGUCAUCGGAGAAAAAACAGCAGCAGCAGCAGCAGGACGCUCCAACGGAGAACCGAGUAAAGAAGAAAACGCGCACCAUCUUCUCCAAGAGACAGAUCUACCAGCUGGAGGCCACCUUCGACAUGAAGCGCUACCUGAGCAGCUCGGAGAGAGCCUGCCUCGCCAGCUCCCUGCAGCUGACGGAGACCCAGGUUAAGAUCUGGUUCCAGAACCGCCGGAACAAGCUGAAGAGGCAGCUGUCCACGGACACGGAGAGCCCGCUGGCCGCGGAGACCUACGCGGAAUCGGCCAAAGGCGCGCAGCUCUCAGGUUUCUACAAGGACAGCAGCCUGCUGGGCGCGUGCUUGUUCCACAUGCCUCUCCCCGUGGUAUAUCCGAGCGCGCCUUACGUCUACUUCCCCAACGGGGCCAAAUACUUUGGCAUGUUUGAAGCAGACUGA